AUUAGUGUAACAUUCUGAGGUCAACACCAGUCGACACUCAACUAUCAGCUGUCAAUUAUUGCAAAGCCAAAACACUGAAAGCUAUCCCCAAUUUAUUUGAUUCUCUUUCAAUUUUGAUAUCGUAUAACUUAGUAAAAUUAUACAUUAGAAGAUUAAAAUGGCGGGAGAAGUGGUUGUGGACGCCUUACCAUAUAUUGAUCAAGGAUAUGACGACCCAGGAGUCAGAGAAGCGGCCCUGGCCAUGGUAGAAGAAGAAUGUAGGCGCUACAGACCUACAAAGAAUUAUCUGGAGAAUGCAGGACCUGAACCUAGCACAGCCUUUGAGACUACCGCACUACAGAGGGAGAUGGAAAGGGUUCAACAGAGAUUGCCCAUGGAACCAUUGUCUAUGAAAAGAUAUGAACUCCCACCUCCACCAGCUGGUAGACUGGGAGAGCCUACAGCUUGGUCAGAGUCGGUGGAUAACUCACACGCCCAACUCUCACACCAGGCUAUCCGUGUGCUCAACUUGGAGCUGCAACUACAUUACGGCUCUGAAGCUUGGAGAUCAUACCUUAACACCUUACAAUCAUUAGUAACUAGGUCACAGAAUGUACACAGCCAGUUAAGAAAACAAAUAGCAUCUGUGAAUUGGGAGCGCAAGCGGUCUCAGACGGCGAGUGGCGCGCGGCUGAGGGCGCUGCGGCGACGGUGGGCACAGCUUGUGUCCGAUAAUUACAGGCUUGAACGGGCUGUCAUGCAAUUAGAAAUACAAAUGCAAAAGGCUAAGGGUGAGAUGCCUACAGAACCAGGUGAUGCAGCUGAUAUUGAGGCAGUUAAAAUGUUACCUGACAAAUUGAAUUCUGAGACUGAAAAGGAAGUGCAGAAAAAGAUCGAGGACAUGUUUGCAGAUUAAAUAUUUAUGUAUUUUGAUAAAUAAUUUAAAUAUGUUAAAUGAUAUAGAAAUAAUUUUAAUAAAUCGAACCUCAGAAGUCAAGAUUUGUAAUACUUUU